ACUCCCCAUUUCUUCUAUAUAAACGAUUUACGAGAAUUUUGCAUUUGUUCUAUCACACUAGAUAUCAAGAACGCCAAAUCCCUAGAAUUCCUGCCACCGGAGGAUAAUGGAGACGAAAGCCAAUGGUCCGACUACCAAACCGGCUCUGGCCAUCCAAGGACCCACCAACCCCAUGGUGACACCUCUGUUGACGGAUCUUUACCAAUUCACCAUGGCUUAUUCUUACUGGAAAGCCGGCAAGCACAACGAGCGAGCCGUGUUUGACUUAUAUUUUCGGAAGAAUCCAUUUGGUGGUGAAUAUACAGUCUUUGCUGGUUUAGAUGAAUGCAUAAGGUUCAUUGCUAAUUUCAGAUUAUCAGAGGAAGAGAUCUCUUUCAUUCGUGAAACUUUGCCUGGUUCAUGUGAGGAGGGGUUCUGUGAUUAUCUUAGAGGAAUCAACUGUACUGAUGUUGAAGUGUAUGCUAUCUCAGAGGGUACAGUUGUUUUCCCAAAGGUACCCUUGGUUAGAGUUGAAGGACCAAUUGCAGUGGUUCAAUUACUGGAAACUCCAUUUCUAAAUCUUAUAAACUAUGCAUCCUUAGUGGCUACAAAUGCUGCAAGGCAUCGAUUUGUUGCUGGAAAAUCUAAAAUGCUUCUUGAGUUUGGACUUCGACGAGCUCAGGGACCUGAUGGUGCUUUAGGAGCUUCAAAGUACUGCUAUAUGGGAGGAUUUGAUGCAACAAGCAAUGUUGCAGCUGGGAGGCUAUUCGGAAUACCUCUUCGUGGGACACAUUCUCAUGCAUUUGUUAGCUCAUUUACGAGCCCUGAUGAGAUCAUAGACAGAUCACUUCACAGCUCUGAUCACUCAACUACUUGUGAGGACUUUGUCAGUCUUGUUCAAACCUGGUUAAGCAAAAUCCAGUGGUCAAAAUCACUGAAUGGCAUUUUCGGAGAGACCAAUCAAAGUGAGCUAGCAGCUUUCACCUCAUAUGCCUUGGCAUUUCCUGAGAACUUUCUUGCUCUUGUAGACACAUAUGAUGUCAUGAGGAGUGGGAUUCCUAACUUCUGUGCCGUUGCUCUAGCACUCAGUGACUUGGGGUACAAAGCAGUUGGUAUUAGGCUGGACUCUGGUGACCUAGCAUAUUUGUCUUGUGAGGCUCGGAAGUUCUUUUGUGCAAUUGAGAAGGAAUUUGGAGUUCCUGAUUUUGGAAAGAUGAGUAUUACUGCUAGUAAUGAUCUGAAUGAGGAAACUUUGGAUGCAUUAAACAAACAGGGCCAUGCGGUUGAUGCUUUUGGAAUAGGAACCUAUUUGGUCACUUGCUAUGCUCAAGCUGCUUUAGGAUGUGUCUUCAAGCUUGUUGAGAUAAAUAAUCAGCCUCGUAUAAAACUUUCUGAAGAUGUCUCAAAGGUCUCUAUACCUUGCAAAAAACGGAUUUACAGAUUGUAUGGUAAAGAAGGAUAUCCCCUGGUGGAUAUAAUGACAGGGGAGAAUGAACCAUCUCCAAAGGUAGGAGAAAGACUCCUAUGUCGCCACCCUUUUAAUGAAUCAAAAAGAGCAUACAUGGUGCCACAGCGUGUUGAAGAGCUUCUGAAGUGUUACUGGCCUGGGGACUCAGGUAAAGUAAGAGAAGAGUUACCGCCUCUAAAGGACAUUAGAGAGCGAUGCAUCAAACAACUUGAGCAAAUGAGACCAGAUCACAUGAGGAGAUUAAAUCCAACACCUUACAAGGUGAGUGUAAGUGCAAAGCUCUAUGAUUUUAUCCAUUUCCUGUGGCUCAACGAGGCACCCGUUGGAGAGUUGCAAUGAGGACAGAGUUGAAAUCAAUUACAUGGAGCAGUGUACAAAUUGCGCGUAAUGAUUCUGAAAUAGUUGGAGCAGCUUCUAAAAUGGCCAGCAUAGUAUCACAUUUCACAUGUAUUUUUAAGAUUACUUGUUUUCUUUAUGUUCAAUAAAAUGUAUGAUUGCCUUCUCUUCUCAGAGUUUUCUUGAGUUCAAGAAGCCAUUAUUUUUUAAGACUCUCAAUAAAAUAAAUGAUUCUUUCUCUU